AUGGAAUAUGAACGAGUAUCUUCAUUAAUUGAAAAAUUUAAAAAUGAUAAAUAUAUAUUAAAAGCAUAUAAUAAAAUAUAUGAUUAUAAUAAUUGUAAAAUAUAUAGAAGUGUAAAAAUAGAAGAUAUAGAAAAUGAAAAAUAUAAUAAAGAAACAAAAUAUAGUAUACUUAAAAGUAUGCCUAUACAAAAAGAAGACAUAUGUGAUGAUGAAGAAGAUAAGUUAAAGAAUAUUAUUGAAAUUAUAAAUCAAACAUUAUAUAUUUAUACAAAUGAAACAUUAGAUAAAUUUAGUGAAAAUAGUAAAGAACUUGUUGAUAUAUAUAAUCAUAUUGAUAAUUGUAAUAACAUAUGUCUUGAUAUAGAUGAAAUAUUAAAUAAACAUAAAUCUGAUAUAAAAUUUAUUUCUGAUAAUAUUAAUAAUAUUCAAGAAUUAACUGAAAAUAUGAAUGAUAAAUUAAAUAAUAGAAAAUUAACAUUAGAAUUAUUAAAUACAUAUAUUAAAAUUAUUUUGAUUACACCUAAAUUAAUAUAUGAUAUAUGCAAUGGAGAAAUUAAUGAAAAUUUUAUAAAAAAUAUAAACAUUUUAACAAAAAAAAUAGAAAAUUGUAAACAUUGUUUAUAUGAUUCUUAUCCAAGUAUUAAAUUUUCCUACAUAGAAUUAGAAAAGUUAAAAAAUAAAGCCGUUGAUAGAAUAUAUAUUUUUUUUUUAUAUAAAAUUAAUGAUAUAAAAAAUAAAAAAAUUAAUAUUCAUUUAAUUCAACAAAACUUAAUUAAAUUUCACGAAUUGAAUACUUUUUUAUAUAAUAAUAACAGAAAUGUUUAUAACUAUUUAAUAAAGGAAUACAUAGCUGUUAUUAAUAGAACUUAUCAUAAUUUAUUUAAGAAUUACAUUGGAGAUUUAGAAAAAAAAAAAAUAGAAUUUGUCAAUAUAUUUACUAUAGGAUUUUUAAGUUAUUAUAAAAAUGAUAAUAAUGUAACUUUACUAUCAGCAAAAAAUAAAAUGAUGAAUAUUCUUGGUUUUAAUAUAAAUAACCAUAAUAAUAAGAAUGAUAAAAAAGAAAAUAUAUUUUUAUUAAAUAAUAGAGAAAAAAUAUUAAGUGGUUUAGAUAAAAAUUAUAAUGUAAAUUCUGAGAAAUCAGAUUUGCCUGUUAUAUUUACAACAGAUAAUUCUCAAUAUUAUUUUGAAGAAAUUUAUAAAUCUAUUAAUAAAUUAUUUUUAGAUACAGGAACAGCUGAGUAUUUAUUUAUUUCAAAAUUUUUUAAAAAUUAUGAAAAUCACGAUUUUUUGUUUAUAGAAAUAUAUUCCAAAACAAUAACUUUAUGUUUUGAUUUUAUUUAUUAUUAUAUGAAUGACACUUUUGAUUUCAUUUCUCUUUUUUGCAUUUAUAUGAUUAAUUUACAAAAUGGAUAUAUAAUUAGAAAUAGACAUAUAUUUUCAUUGUAUGAAUUCAUUGAUAAAAUACAAAAUUUAAUAUGGAAAAGAAUACAUUUUAUCAUUGAUCAAAAUAUUAAGUCAUUAAAUUAUAAGAAUAAUAAUAUGAAUGAUUUAGCAAAAAAUUCUAAUAAAAAUACCAUUUAUAAUUUAAUUUACUCUAAUAAUAUUAAUAAUGAAAAUAAAAACUAUAACAACACAAGUGUAAAUUUUGAUACAAGUAAUAAUUCCCCUUCUAAUGUUCGGUUAAAUAAUGAUAUAGAAGAAAAAGAAAAAAAUAAUAUGCAAAAUUUUCAUGAAGUUAAUGAAACAAUAAAAAAUAAUUUUACCAAUUCAUUAAAUGAUAUAGAAAAAAAUCAAAUAAAUAAUUCUUCCACUUUUAUUAAAACUCAAACACAUUGUAUUACUAAGAGAUUUUCUGAUUUUUAUUGCUCAUUUGUUAUAUUGAGUGAUUUAUGUUUUAAGUAUGAGAAAUAUUACAUCGAAAUAUAUUGUGAAAAGAAGGAUGAUUUUAAUAAAAUAAGUAAAGAUAAUGAAAAUGUAUUAAAUUUAAAAAAAAAAAAAAAAAAAAAUGUACACAAAAUUUUUUUAAAUAUUCAUGAAAAUAUAUCAAAUAAAAAUGAAAAUUCUUCACAUUGUGAAAGUCAAAUAAAUGAAGCGAAAGAUGAAAAAAAAUAUAAUGAGAAAGAAGGUAAUGAAAAAAUUGAUGAUAAUAUAGGAAAAAGAGACAUGACAAACUUGAGAAAAAAUAAAUUCAUUGAAAAUUGUUUAAAUAAUGAUAAUAAUACAAACGGUAUCAAUGAUGGUAUACCUGUUGUUAAUUAUUCGAAAGACAAUAUUGAUAAAUUAUCAACUCCUAAACAUUCAAAACCUGAUGAUUUGAUUGAUAAUAAUAACGUAAAAAUUGAAUGUAAUCCAAAAAUUAGUGACAUUUCUAAUAAUAAUAGCAAAAAAAGUAUAACUGAAAAUACUAUAAACGAUGUACUUAUAAAAAAAUCUAAUGAAUUUAAAAAUAAUUCAUUUUUUUUAAAAGAAAUAGACAAUAAAACUUCAGAAGUAACAAAUUGUGAAUAUCAUAAAAAUAAAAUUGAUAUUGUAUCAAAAUAUAAGAAUUUACGUAAUUUUGUAUUAAAACUAGAAGAAUCCAUUGUAGACACAUUACUUAACUUAAGUAAAGAAUUUUCAUUAAUAAAAGAUAAAUUAUUGUUUUUGAUUAAUAAUUAUUAUCAUAUUAUAUCUGUAUUAAAAGAACAUGAAAUAAACGAAGAAAAAAUUAUAAAGUUUGAGAAGUUAUUAGAAAAAGAAAUAUCUGUAUAUGUUGAUCAUCAGUUAAAUGAGUAUAUUAAGGAUAUAAUACAAUUUGUAAAUAAACAUGAAAAAAUAGUAAGUAAUCUAAAGGAAAAUGAAAAUGACAUAAUAUCAUAUAUUGAUAUUAAAACAUUGGAAAGUAUAGCUGUUAAUUUUAGUAAAGAAUGGAGAAAUUUACUAAAGGAAAUAAAAAAAAAUGUUAUUCAUUCCUUUACAAACUUUGAUAAUUCCUUAAAUAUAUUGAAAUUGUUAAGCACGCAAAUUCUUUUAUAUUAUACAAGAUAUCACCAGUUGAUAAAGAAAGCUUUUUCUAAUUCACAAAUACCAAUUUAUAUUCAUAAUUUACCAUCUGUUGAUAUAGUUCUAACACAAAUUAAGAAAAAUUCCAAAAGUUUUGACUCAUAA